AUGGGUGACUACCUCAGAGUGUCGACGGUGCAGGUGGUGCAGGCUAUCGACUUAGCUGAACUUGAUAAGACCAUCAAAUGGCUUGUUUCUAAGGUGCAGGAACUACCUACGGCUGAUCAGGCUAAUCAGCGGACGAUUGCGGACUCUCUGCUCCAAGAUCAAAUUGAUGCAUUAAGGAGAGAAAACAGUAGCCUGAAGGAUGCGCUGGCACAGUUGCAGUCGAAACAGGAUGACAUGGAGAGCCGACUCGAUACAAAGCAGGACCGCGACCAGGCCACUCCAGAUGGCACGGAAGCUGAUGCUGGGGCCAAUGAUGUGCCUGCUGGUGGUUCCAAGGCGGACCUGGAGAGCCGCUUGGCCGCCCUGGAGCAGCGUGUGGAACAGCUUCCCACGACCUCGGCCCACGAUGAAGCUGAGCAUGCGGAAGCUUCAUCGCCGGGGCCGGACCUCAACUCGCAAUUCCAGGAGCUGCUAGCUGGCCAUCGAGCCCUCGCCGCGACUGUGUCUGGGCUCCAGCACGAGCUGGAAUCCAAACCCAACCGGGCUGAGCUAGACUUGAAGGCCAAUCGGUCUGAGCUAGACGCGCUGCUGCGUGCUGGUGUCAGCAUGGCCACAGUUGGCGAUGCUGUGCCGCCCGCACUGUCGGUCCAGGCGGACGGAUCGGUUGAUAACGCGGCGCUGGUGGAGGCUGUGAAUAAGGCGGCAGCUGAGGCCGCCGCCAUGCGGGGCCAGGUGGCAGUGAUGCAGGACCGCCUUCAGGGCAAGUCCUACGUGCCAACCCAAAUCAAAAUCUUACAGGCCGAACAGGGCGGCGUUGAUGAACUAGCAGCGCAGUUGGCGGCCCUCAAGGCCCGUGGACUUCCAUCCGGCCGUAAGGCUGGUUCGGCGGGCGGCGCUGACGCCAGCGCAUCACCGGGACUAGGAGGCUCUGGCGCGGUGGCCGCGGUAGAUGCAGCAGACGGCAUCUCGAGCGUGCCAAGCGUGGCGGUGCCUAGCACACUUCUAGACACACUCAGCAAGCGCUUGGAUGAGCUUGAGGUGCGCGUCUCGGCUGGGCCCAGCAAUACGCCGGUGUCGGUGGGCAGCAGUGAUCACGCCGUGGACGCGAUUGACAGCCUGCACGACGUCCAGCCGCUGCUGAAGGACAUUUACAAACGUGUGGACUCAAAGGCGGACAGCAGCGGCAUUGUUGACAUGAACCUUGGACCCUUUGAUAUCCGUCCGAAUGGCAGGGCCGCCCUUGAGGAGGUGCUUCGGCGGCUGCAGGAGGUUGCAGCUUCCGUGGACCAGAAGGCCGAUUCCGCGGCGCUGCGGGACUCGACCACGCGGCUGGAGAAACUGAUCUCAACAAGCCUGGACGAUAAGCCCGGCUCGGCCCAGCAACGGAAAAUGCAGCAGCAGGCAUCAACGCCGCAGGAGCUCCCAUGGGUCGUUUCCCAUGAGCUUGUUGACGGUUCUGGGCCUGGGUCUGCCGCCUUUGAGCAGCUGCGCGCACAGGUAACGGAGCUUGCUGCCCGCGUUGCGCAGCUUCCCGAGUCCUGGCCGGAGGCUGGCCUGCCGCCUGGUCGCAAAUCGAGCAUGGGCCUAGAGGGGCUAGACCUGACGUCCGUGCAGGGAGCCCUGGCGGCGUUGCAUGGCCAGCUGGGCGAGCUCGGCACGAGGCUGGCGGGCAAGGCGGACGCUGGCGAAGUUGCGCGGCUAGAGCUGGCUCUCAACAGCAAGGCGGACUUGGACGAGCUGGCGGAAAUUCGGCUGGCGCUGGGGUCCAAGGCGGACGCAGCAACCCUGGGCGACUUGCAGAUUGCGUUGGCUGGCAAGGCGGACCAAGCGGCGCUGGACGAGGUGAAAUUAACGGCAGCGCUUGCAGCUGACAUGGCCGCUGGCGCUAACGGCGACAUCAGCGCCAAUGGCAACGGCAACACGACGGGAGGAGGCGGGUACACGAACCUGCUUGGCGCAAUCCAGGGCAUGGUUGCAGACAAGGCCAACAAGGCCGAGCUAUCAGUGCUGCAGAACCUCCUAGCCAGCAAGGCAUCUGCCGAGGACGUGGGUCUGCUGCGCGCAGCGCUGGAGGACAAGGCGUCGGCGGCGGAGCUAACGGCCCUCAUGGCGCAGUUCUCUGGGCGGCCCGCCAACUCGGAGGAGAUUGCAUCGCUCGACCAGCGCAUGGGCGACGUGUUUGCAGAACUGGCAAAAAUUCGGGCAGACAUGGCGGCGCUGCCGGUUGACAUGCUUACCGGCGCGGCAGCGGCACACGGCGCUGCAGCGGCACGCGACGGCGGCGACACGGCAGCUCUGCAGCGCAUCGUUACAGCGCUCACCCGUGAAGUUGGGACGCUGCGCGAGGGCCUUGAUACGGUGGCGCAUGCAGCCAACGUGCUGGCAGUUGGGCUCGACGGUGGGGUGCGAUUUAGCGCCACGGGAGCUGCAACGGGAGGCGUGGAGGGGCGCUACAGCGAGGCAGGAGGUGCUGGGGGCAAGGAGAACCGCUCGCCCCGAGGAGGCUACGAGCGACUGCUCAAGUUGCUCGGCAGCGGUGACUAUCGGCACAAAAUGGAAGCCUUCGACCCUGUGGCGCUCCAACAAAUGGCACAAAAGUUGGCGUAUCUGGAGGCGACAGUCAAGUCGCCGGCGAUGGGCCGCGCUGGCUUGGCUGGCGUCGAUUACGGCAUCAAGGAGCUAGAACGGCAAGUAAAGCGCCUCAAUACCGACGUGCGCCUCAUGAAGGAUAAGUUGAUCGAGCCGCCACCAGCCUUGGCUCUUGCAGGGUCUCGGUUGGUAGCCCCCGGUGACCAUGCCAUGCUGGCAGCCCGGCCAAUCACCGGCUAUCGCUGCAUGGCCUGCGAUAGGCCGCUGGACCAGCUCGAUGUGUCGCCAGGCCCGCACGUACCUACCCAGCAAUUGCCAGUACGCGUACCGGCGGCCACUGACACAGUGUCGCGUUCUCAAGUUCGCAGCGGGCGAGGCGAUCCGCUCAGCCCUCAAGCUUCAGCACAGCGGCUAGCAUAUGCCAACGACCCAAAUGCACGGAACGGUCAGAACUGGUACAAGGACGCGCCACCUGUCGUCGCAGCUGAGGCGCUCCCACGAGACUACGUCGGCCCACACCUGCCCCCGGGGGGCUGGCGCCCGAGCAACCCAGGAAGCGCUGUCAAGCAGCCAUCGAUGCAAGGCAGCCUUCCUGCACUCAGCGCCCCCAAAACACGCCCACCACAGGCCGGAAUGGACUAUGACCCGAAGGGCCAGCCAGCAGCCGCUGUGCCCAUGGAGGGAGUACCAGCCAACGUCACGCUGCCACAAAUAUCAUGACAUAAGCUAGGGUUUCACGCAUGUGAGCCGCAGACUGUAUAAAUGACGUGUUCAUCACGACACGACGCAGACUAUCGACAUGCAGGUGUUGGCACUGUAGUUUAAUAUGCGUUAAUGGCAUCGAUGUGGGAUAGUGGGUAUUCCGCAAACUUGACUGUACACAUGGCUUGGCGGUCAAGGUGAACGGGCUCGGCACGCCGUCGCUCGAAAAAUGGGGUUAGCAUUUGUUAUAGUCAAUAGAUAGGUAUUCUUUACGACUUGGUCAUUAGCCAACCUGCUACCAGGCAUCGGUAUGGCUGAGGGACUGCUGAGCCCGUACCCCGCCAUCGUGCACUGCGCUAUGUACCAAGAACGUCUCUCGCCGAAGAGAUAGCUCCGAUACAGUUGUAGAUGUCGUGGCGCCCGCUGUGGGAAGAACAAACUCGAGUCGAUACCACCCAGUAUCAAUCGCUACCAUCUAUAUCCUCCAUCCAAUACAUAAGAUCAUGUAUGAGUCAUCAGUCCGCUGUAAGGAGGAAAGCAG